AUGGAAGAAAAAGUAACGUCUCAAGAGCUGCUGUCUCGAGUAACACCAGAACUUGAUGAAGAAAGGAAUAUAUUAAAUUCUGUAUCCAAUGGGGUCAGUCUGCAAAAUAUUCAUACGCAGCAAAAUGCCUCAGAUGGAUUGGAGUCACUAGAAGAAGAUACAGAUGACCUCGAUUACACGUCGUCGUCAGAUGAAUAUGAGCUUGAAGAAAAUGAUGAGUCGUUAUCCACAACUAUAAUGCAUGAGAUUCAAGAGGGAACAUACACAUGCUUGGUAUGCAUAUCUGAAAUAGAUCCCUUCUCAAAAGUCUGGUCUUGUGAUAACUGCUAUCGUGUAUACGACUUAGAGUGUAUUAAGGAUUGGGCAAUUAGAGGGUCAUCAAAAGAUCAGUCGAGAAAAACUUGGAAGUGUCCUUCUUGUAAUGUGGAAACGAAGAAAAUACCUAAGAAGUUUUCUUGCUGGUGUGGAAAAUCUAACAACCCGGCACCAAAUCCUUUAAAUCCUUUCAGUUGUGGUAACCCGUGCAACGAGCCAUAUGCUAAUUGUAUUCACAAUUGUAGUUCUGUUUGCCACCCAGGCAAACAUCCAGUUUGUGGUGCAAUCGGACCGGUUAUGAAAUGUAAGUGUGGUAAGUUCGAAAGACAAUUACCGUGCUUAAUUACUCCUUAUGAGCAUAGUUGGAGAUGUGAAUCUCCUUGUGAUACUGUCGUAUGUAAUUUGGGCCAUAAGUGUGCAAUUGGUGAAUGUCAUCUGGGUUUCUGUGGCCAAUGUCAAGAAAUUCUUAAAGCAAAAUGUUACUGUGGCAAAGAAGAAAUGGAUAUCAAAUGUUAUAACCGUGCUCCAAUGAACUGUACCACACUAUCAGGAGAUAUGAGCUGGAUUGGUGAAAGCAAUUGUUCUAAUUUAACAACUGUUUAUUACGAUUGUGCUAUUCAUUUUGAAGAGAUUGAAUGUCAACCGUUACCUACAACUACCAAAGUAUGUGAUUUUUCACCAUCUAAUAUCAAUACCUGUUAUUGUGGAAAAACAAUUGUAGAUUCCUCGAGAAGAACAAAAUGUACCGAUCCAGUCCCAGAAUGUGACUCAGUAUGUGGCAAGACACUUAAAUGUGGCUGUAAGUGUUUGUUAAAAUGUCAUUCGGGUGAAUGUAUUUGCUACAAUAUUAUAGAGGAAAAAUGCUCAUGUGAAAACUAUUCCUAUUUAGUUCCAUGUCAAUUUCUCCAACAAGGUUACAAACCAAAAUGUAAUCAUAAGUGUCCCGUUUUGCUAAACUGCCGGAAACAUGUUCAUAAGGAAGUGUGCUGUCCUUAUGAACAAACUGCUCUUAAACGUGAAAGAGUUAAGAAGAAGGCUAUUAGAAAUAGAGUUCGUUCAAAUUUUAAUAAUGAUGAAGAAUUAAUGACGAUGGAGCCAAUACAUAUUUGCACACGUACAUGUAAUAGGUUGAAGCUGUGCGGAGAGCAUUAUUGUGAAGCUUUAUGCCAUAGUGGAACUUGUGGAGUAUGCUUGGAGUCAUCAAAUGAGGAUCUAGUUUGUCACUGUGGUAGAACUGUAAUUCCUGCCCCAGUUCGAUGCGGCACCAAAAUAACUUGUCAUUAUCAAUGUGUAAGAGAAAAAGAAUGUGGACAUAGCCCUGAGCCACAUGAGUGUCAUGAUGAUAUUGUUGGCUGCCCAAAAUGUACUAAAUUAGUGUCGAAGGAAUGUGAAUGUGGUACGAAGAGUGAUAUUCCAAAUAUCUUGUGCUCUCAGAAAAACGUCUCUUGUGGUACAGUUUGUAAGGUUCUGAAGAAUUGUGGUCAUCCAUGUAUGAGGGUAUGUUCUAGUGAUUGUACAAAGAGAAAUACGCAUGCUUCAUCAACGUUAUGCCAAUCAGCCUGCCGUAAGAGAAGAAAUAUAUGUCCUCAUUAUUGUCAUUUAAAAUGCCAUUAUAAUAAAACUGGAAAAUCGUCUAGAUGCGAUGCGACGGUUUGUUCUGAUCCUGUUACAAUAUCAUGCGCAUGUGGACGCAUAGUGAGAUCAGUUCCAUGUGGCAGUUCUUUGGACGAGGAUACAAAAAUAGGCACUAUUUUAGAAUGUGACGAAGAAUGUGAGAAAAAGAAGAAAGAUAUUGAAUUGAGAGAAGCAUUGGAUUUAUCAGAUGACGAGUUAUCACUCUUGUCGGAUAUACCUUAUCUGGAAAAUUUAAUGAACGUAUAUGAAAGACAAACAACUUGGUGUGCUCGCAUCGAAAGUACCUUACGGGAUUUUAUCGUAGGUUAUCAAAAUAACAAUUCUGAAAUUGAAGGUGCACUAGCAUUUGAUAAAAGGUUACGCCAGUUUCCACCUAUGACAACCCCUCAAAGAGCGUUUAUAGAAGAUCUAGCUUCUAGCUACAAAUUAUAUACGGAGCAGCAGGAUUCAGGAUCAAACCAAUCCAUAUUUGUUGUUAUAACAGAAUCAACCGAAUUACCAGAACUCACGAUAAGUAAGGCAGUUUUACAUAAACAGGAAAUUUUAUUGGAGGCAUCAAAAGCUGAUAGAUUAAAGCAAAAGGAUAUAGAUGAUGCUCUAUUCAAUGCUUUAAUAAUUCAAGAUGUAUUUUUUGGAAUUGUUAAAGAUGAAUUAGAUAAGGAAUUGAAUAGCGUGGUUGAUUCAUUCAGGAUAGAAGAUCCUACUUUACAGUGGAUGAAAGAAUCAACAUAUGUAUUUUAUUCGAAAAGCAAUUUCCAAACUAUAGAUAUAAAGGGUGAAAAUGAUUUGUAUUUAUUGAUGAAGUCAUUCCGCAAAGUUUUAAGAGAAAAAUCUUUAGCUUUUGAUUGUAAAUUAUGUUUACUUGAUGACACAGCUAACUAUAUUCUAAAAAUUGACGAAAAAAAUUCACAUGCGCCGAGAGUGGAUGAUGAAUCCAUUAUAUCAGAAAUAUCAAUGAACGGCCAAAACAAUCGAUUUAAUUUAUUAGGUGAAUCGGAACCUGAAGAAUCUAAAGAAGCAUAA